AUGGAUCCCUUAAAGGGAGAACCCGUCCGCUGUGCCAAGCCGAUUUGGGACGAGGCAUGGGUCCAAGUGUGCUUGACACUGCCUGUGGCCGGUGCCAAUUUGAUACACCGAUCAUACUCCUGGCUGUCGUUGAUUGCAAUCGGACAUCUGGGCAAGGAGAUUCUGGGACCUGUGAGUCUGUCGAGCAGUGUGAAUAAUCUCUUUGGGACUUCUAUCGUCGGAGGACUCAAGGUGGGCAUAUCAACCUUGGCAUCGCAAGCAUUUGGAGCGGGCAAUGACUUGGCAGUGGCCUUGGUGCUACAAAGAGCCUUGCUUGUUGCAUUGCUUGGCUCCUUGCCCUGUGUCUUGAUGUUGGCGAUGAUAAAGCCCAUCUUGCUUGGCCUCCACAUGGACGAGGCCUUUGCCACUGUUGCAGGCAACUAUGCUUUUUGUGUCCUGUUGGUGUCGCCUUUCGUAGGCAUCCAGCGCUCCAUUGGAGUAUGGCUGGUUGCACAACGGAACAACCAUCCAUGGAUGUGUGUGAUUCUCUGGGUGCUUCCGUUGCAUGCCAUCAUGACUGUGUACCUCACAUAUUCAACCUCCUUGACUUACAUGGGUGCAGGUGUGGCAACGACCAUGAGUACGGCGCUUCAGGCCUUGCUCAUCUACUUGUACAUAUCCUGCUCAUCCACUUGUGCCGGCACGUGGCGGGGCUUCAGUUGCGAUGCUUUCAAGGAUUGGGGGCCCUACUUGGAAGUCGCUUUGCCAGGUGUUUGCAUGAACACAGAGUAUUUUGUGGGAGAAGCCUUAACCUUGGCCGCCGGCAUGCUACCCAAUCCUGAUACCUGUUUGUCAGCCCUGUCCAUCUAUUUCCUGACACAAGUCACCUGCUAUCAGAUUCCAGGUGCACUUCGAAUAUCUAUCAGCAGUCGAGUCGGCAAUCAACUGGGUGCUGGCCGCCCGGCAGAAGCUGCCAUUGCUGCACGAGCAGGGCUUCGACUCAUACUUCUAUGGAUCACAAUUCCAGCAUUGUUUUUGCUCGGCUUCACCCGUCACUGGGGUCUUCUCUUUACAAGAAAUGAUGAGGUGCUCCAACUCCUUGACACACUGGUUCUGCCCAUGCUGUUCUACUGCAGUCUGGAUGCAGUGCAAGCCUACAACAAUGGGGUGUUGGCAUCCUGUGGUCAGCAGAACCUCAGCGGACGAUGGGCCAUGCGAAGCUAUUUGGGUGUCAGUUUGCCCUCAGCUUUUCUCCUCGCCUCGGUCUUUCACUGGGGCGUGUUGGGACUCUGUGCCGGACACUGCCUCGGGAAGGUUUGCCACGUGGUGCCCUGCACUUUUGCAUCAUUGCGCAUUGACUGGGACACGGAGAGCAAGCGGGCCAUCGAACUGGUGGAGAAGGAUUGCAGUUCCAUGAGAUCACUGGUAGGGCAAAGCAAAGGUUACAAUCAAAUUGAAAUCUGA